UAAUAUUAUAAUAGCCCAACCUGUCUAUAAAGCUUAUCCAUGCCUGAAAGUCAUUAAGCAAACAUCAAUAACAAUAGCUUAUACAGACAUAAUACUCCUUUUGAAGUCAUGAAAUCGCCUAUUACUCUCAUCUUGCUCUUUUCACUUGCCCUGUACGCUCAUGCAAGAAAGGACCCCGGAGAAUACUGGAGAGCUGUGAUGAAAGACGAGCCAAUGCCUGAAGCAAUCCAACGUCUUAUACCUCGACCACAUUCAGUUCCUCUCUCCAAAGAGGAAGCUGAUUGUCACACAUCAUCUUCUGUUGGAGGUCGUGAAGCCUUUGAACCAAGGCCUAAUGUAUUUGUCUACCAUGAUGACACCAAGCUCAAAGAUGCUGAGAAAUCAGUAUUCUCCAAAGAUUUCGAGCCAAGGCCAAACAUAUCUAGUUACCAUGAUGAUGACACUAGUCUCAAACAAGAAAAGUCCUUUGCUGAAGAUUUUGAGCCAAGGCCAAAUAUUUCUGUGUACCAUGAUUGAUAUGUCCCAUAUAAAGGGUGCUGUGUGUCUUCCUGCUUUUGUGCAUUCCUUUUGUGUGUGCCUCUCAAUGUUAAGUGAUCUACUCACGAAAUAAAAAAAAUACUUGUUGGUUGUAUUAAA